GUCUACAAUGAACGCUUGCAAACGGCGGGGGAGGGAGGACAAACAGGACUAUCCCAAAAACAGGAGGAAAAAAGAAGAGCUCUCCGCACCUUACUUAGGAACCGUUCGGGACCCCGCGCUUGUGUCCUGGGGCGCUUCCCCGCUUCCUCUCUUGUCCUAGCCUCAUGCACCAGCCUUUUGCCCUGGCGAGGUUCCCUUUCUCCUAGGGAUGCCAUUUGUGACUUAAGUGAGUUUUGCAACAAGGCAGGUGAAAAGCAGAGGCAUCUGCUUCCUCUUCUACAUCUCUUGGAUGCAAAUAUAAGAAAGCAGUCCAGCCACAUUUGGCGUGAGGCUCGGCUUAGCAACGUAUAAAACACACACCAAAGAAAAUCGACACAAAGAGACCUACAAAUGAAGUGUGAAAACUGCACCAAAAAGGAAUGUAGUAAUAAACAGAGGAAUGAAGACCGGCAAAAUACACCAGCUGAUGUUCUCAACUCAAAUGAUGAAAAUGAAGAGAAAAGUGAAUUCCAUAAGUUGGCUAACGCUAAAAUAUUCCUUAGCGAUUGCUUAGCUUGCGACAACUGCAUAACAUCCGAUGAAGCAGUCCGAGUGUUCCAGCAGAAUCAGAAAGAGCUCUUCCACGUACUGAACCUCAAUAAGAAAUGUGAUACCUCAAAACACAAAGUGUUGGCAGUGUCUAUAUGUCCUCAGUCCUUGCCUUAUUUUGCUGCAAAAUUCAGUCUCACUGUUACCGAAGCAGCCCAGAGGCUUUGUGGUUUCCUCAAAAGUCUUGGAGUGCAUUAUGUCUUUGACACUACAGUAGCUGCUGAUUUUAGUAUUCUGGAGAGCCAGAAGGAGUUUGUGCAACGGUACCGCCAUCAGAACCAAGAAGAGCAUGCCAUACCCAUGUUUGCUUCAGCUUGCCCAGGCUGGAUCCAGUAUGCCGAGAGAGUCCUCUCCAGUCUAGUGACGCCACACAUUUGUACUGCAAAGUCACCACAGCAGAUCAUGGGCUCGCUUGUCAAAGGUUAUUUUGCCAGGCAGCAGAAUCUGUCCCCUGAUAAAAUUUUCCACAUAAUUGUGGCACCUUGCUAUGACAAAAAGCUAGAAGCCUUGAGAGAAGAUUUCCACACCCCUCUGUACAAUUCUCAAGAUGUUGAUUGUGUUUUGACAUCAGGUGAAGUCUUCCAGAUAAUGGAGCAGAGCAAAGUAUCUUUGAGAGAAAUAGCUGAGGUGGCCUUUGAUACCCUGUUUGAUGGGGUAAAGGAGGCCGAGUUAAUCCGUCACGAUGGAAGGAAGUCUGAUGGUUACCUGGAGCACAUAUUUAAAUAUGCUGCCAAGGAGCUCUUCGAUACUGAAGUGAAGGAUGUCGUAUACAAAGUGUUAAAAAACAAAGACUUCCAGGAGGUCACAUUGGAAAAGGAUGGCGAGACGGUGCUACGCUUUGCAGCUGCGUAUGGCUUUCGAAACAUUCAGAAUAUGGUCCUGAAGUUGAAAAAGGGAAAGUGCUCCUACCACUUCAUAGAAGUUUUGGCCUGUCCUGGAGGCUGCUUAAAUGGAAAGGGUCAGGCUCAGACUGAAGAUGGAAAACCAGACAAAGCCCUGCUCAGGCAGAUGGAAGAUGUCUACGCCGCAGUUCCUGUCCGACUUCCUGAAACCAAUAGGCAGGUGCAGAAGCUCUACCAGGAAUGGCUGGAUGGGAUGGACUCCAUGAAGGUCCAGGAAUCAUUACAUACAAAAUACAGCACGGAAAAGCCAGCUGCCAACAAUUUGGAUAUCAAAUGGUGACCAAUCAAAGGACAAGACUUGCAGUAGGUUUGUUGUACAUAGAGUGCCGGCAACUAUUCUAUGCAACUGGAGACGGAGGUACUGCUUAAAUAUGUGAACAUUACAAAGAACUGGAACUGCCUUUAUUCUCCCCUGGAAUUGUGUAGAGUUCAAUUGUUGCUUGAGUCUGUGUAUAUUUGGAAUGUCUUUAUUUAAUCAGAGUCUGAUACUGUCUGUGUGUGCAUCUGAGGACCUUUUAAGAGGCACAGUGAGUCUCUAAGCUCCCAACAGAGGUACAUCGGUAUAGAAUAAAUUUACCAGAAUCAGGGCAUGUUGCAAUGUGCUUUGAUCCUGACUCUUAGUACACAAAUCUUUAUGCCAGGAAUCCUGUGCCAUGGAUUUUACUGCUCUCAGAAAGGUGUUGUGUUAGAUUUACAGUUCAUCUAAGGCUUUUUAUCAUUACCAAACAUCAUAUGCUACCAAAAUAUGACAAAACAAAC